CUGUUUAUGUAUGUUUUUAUUUUACACAUGCUUUGGCAAUGUUAACAUCUUGCUCGUGCCAAUAAAGCCCAAUUUAAUUGAGAGAGAUAGAUAUCCUUUCGCUCCGCACACUGAUUUACAUGCUCUGCUAUCACUGGUUGCCUGGAUGUUACACUUUAACUGGCUGCCUUCUGCUGAUUGGAUGCAACUGCAGGAGGGCACGGCAGCUCUCUACCAAAACAGGCAUAAAAGGCAGUGUGUGGGAUCAGACACACAGAGGCAUUCAAUGAGCAACUUUGAGGAGCUUUGACAGAGUCACUGCCAGCGUAACAAAACUGGGAGGUGGAAAAAAAGCAAGGAAAGACGCUCAAGAAGAAGACUCAUGAGAAACUGCGUUGAGGGAGAGUUUCAAGGAAAAGUCAGUCAGUGGCAGGUGUUGAAAUUUGUGUUAGUUUUACAGCAGCUGUUGUAACCACUGAGAGGAAGUGAGUAAACACACAGUUUUCGGGACAUUUUCUUUACUCGUUUUGGCCCCAAAAAAACAGCAUGUCUCUUGAGGUGAAGGAAAAGACCCAGGUGCGUCUAGUGUUUCUGGGGGCAGCAGGAGUGGGCAAGACAGCCCUGAUCCAACGCUUUCUCCAAGACACAUUUGAGCCAAAACACCGGCGCACAGUGGAGGAGCUGCACAGCAGGGAAUACGACAUUGGUGGGGUCAAGAUCACAGUAGAGAUCCUGGACACCAGUGGCAGCUACUCCUUCCCAGCCAUGCGCAAGCUCUCCAUCCAAAACAGCGAUGCCUUCGCGCUGGUGUACGCUGUGGACGACCCAGAGUCACUGGAGGCUGUCAAGAGCCUCCGAGAUGAGAUUCUGGAGAUCAAGGAGGACAAGUACACACCAAUCGUGGUGGUGGGGAACAAGGUGGACCGGGAGGAGGAGCGCCAGGUGUCCAACAAGGAUGUGCUGUCAACUGUAGAGCUGGACUGGAACAACAGUUACCUGGAAGCUUCGGCGAAGGAGAACGCCAACGUGGUGGAGGUGUUCAAAGAGCUCCUGCAGCAGGCGAACCUACCCAGUCGGCUCAGCCCCGCACUACGCAGACGCAGGGAGACCUUUCCAAAAGACACCAACUUUCGGCCGCCUAUGAACAAGACCAACAGCUGUAUUCUGUCUUAAUGGGAGGCAGAGAAGUGUUGUUUUGUUCCACGAAGGGACAAGAGAUGAGAGGAUGGAGGGUAUGUUGUGCAACUUAGUGCUGUUGGACAGAGAGAAAGAGUAACGAGAAAAGCCUGGAGUCAGUGGGGGUGUAAAGUGAAGAGCUGCCUGAGUGAGUUAAGUGGUUCUGCACCAACAAAGACACUUCAGGGUUCACAACUGAGAGGAAAAGAAACUGAAGAGGUGAAUGGUAUGAGGACUGAACCUGAACAGACUGCCAGUGGACAGAGGGAAGAUGCAUUAGACAGUUGUUUACUUCAUGUAAUGUUGUUGCUGCUUAUUUGGUGACAUGCUGCUGGUGUUUAGAUCAAUGUAUAGCUUUUGGAUUUUAAAUUAAAAUGUUCACUUACAUCAAGAUAUUUGGACUGUUGCUCACUGUGUGUUUACUGAGAGAAAGUGUGUAUAUGUUGUGGUAUGCGUAAAAGUUGUAUGUCUCAUGUAAAUUGUUUAAAUUUAAUAAUUCACCUGUAGCACAUCAUAAUGUUUACAAUUUUUUGUAUUCAAUUCCAAUUUGCUAUUAAGCUUGAUAUUACUCUUGUUUUAAAUGCAAAUGUAAACUGUAAAUGCACUUUUCAUUUUUAAAUAACCAUUCAAAAUUAUAUUUUUAGGUAGUUUUUUUGUUUUUUUACCAGGGCAUAUUCUCACGAAUUAUUAUUUUUGCUGUUUAUUUAACAAAUGUAAGUAGAAUGUGGAUCUAAAUGUGUAAUAAAAGA